AUGGCCGGUGUCGCGCCGCUGCUCCUCCUCCUUCUCGUCGCCUCCUUCUCCGUUGUCUUUGCCGAGACGGCGCUCGGCCGCAAGGGGGGCGAACCGAAGCAAGCACAGACGCCUGGUCUGGGCAAGUACGUCGUGAUCCUCGACGCCGGCAGCACGGGGACGCGGGUGCACGUCUUCAAGUUCGACAACAAGAUGGACCUCCUGGAGAUCGACAACCAAAUCGAGGUCUUCGCAAAGGUGACUCCCGGGCUGAGCUCCUACUCUGGCCAGCCACAGGAGGCCGCAAAGUCCAUGAUACCCUUGCUGGACAAGGCCAAGAGCGUUGUGCCAUGGUGGCAAAUGAACAGAACUCCCCUCAAACUAGGGGCCACCGCCGGACUCAGACUUAUCGGAGACAAGCAAUCAGAGCAGAUUCUGCAAGCAGUCAGAGAUGUUGUCCAUACCAAUAGCAGAUUCCAGUACAGCCCAAAGUGGAUAAACGUUCUCGAGGGAUCUCAGGAAGGAUCCUACAUGUGGGUUGGUCUGAACUAUCUGCUGGAUAGACUGGGAGGAGACUACUCCAAGACGGUAGGCGUGAUCGACCUCGGAGGCGGCUCUGUCCAGAUGGCGUACGCCGUCUCCGCAAACGCUGCGGCAAACGCUCCGGCGGCGCGCCAUGGCCAGGAUCCCUACAUCACCAAGGAGUACCUCAAGGGAAAAGACUACAACGUCUACGUCCACAGCUACUUGUACUACGGCAACCUGGCUGCUCGGGUGGAGAUCCUCAAGGCCAAGAAGGGGCCCUUCAGCUCGUGCGUGCUGCGUGGAUCCACCGUCAGAAACUACACCUACAACGAUGAGGUCUACGACGCGGCGGCGUCACCGGAGGGCGCGGCGUACGGGAGGUGCAGGGAGGAGGUGGCCAGGGCACUCAAGCUGGACGCGCCGUGCCCGGCCAAGAACUGCACCUUCGGCGGUGUGUGGGGCGGCGGAGGCGGCGCCGGGCAGGCCACGCUCUACGCGGCCUCCUUUUUCUACGGCAUGGCGACGCAGGUCGGGUGGGUGAAGAAGGACGCCCCGAGCGCGACGUCGAACCCGGCGGCGUUCAGGGCGGCGGCCGAGAAGAUCUGCCCACUCAGCGUGGAGGAGGCCAAGGCGGCGUACCCCGGGGUGCUUGACGUGGACUUCGUUUGCAUGGAUUUAGUGUACCAGUACACGCUGCUCGCCGACGGGUUCGGGCUCGCGCCGGCGAGGGAGAUCACGCUGGUGGACAGGGUGAAGCACGGGGAGUACUUCAUGGAGGCCAAGUGGCCGCUCGGGGAAGCCAUCGAGGCCGUCGCGCCCAAGAAGCAGCUCUCCCACCACGCCUCGUCUGAUCUUCGUGUCUAGAAUGUUGCAUGAUCGCUAGCUAUUGAUCUGUGCCGCCUGCCGCGGCUACAUCUACAUGAAUUAUCUUUACCUGUUUUAGAGAGAAAA